AUGUCGUCUUGUUGUUUGUUUAGAAUGUAUGCCAUCAGAAGGAUAAGAGACGCCUUCAGAGAAAACAAGAAUAUAAAAGAUUCUGAAAAAAUAGAAGAAUUAGUGAAUAAAGCCAAAGCAAACCUAGAGGUUAUUCAUCGGCAG